AUGUUUGGUGCUUCAGGUUCCGGAAAUACAAGAUCCAGCUUAAGAUGGCAUCGUAUUUACCGUGGAUAUGCUGAAAAGGCCUUUCCAGUGCCCCUAAAACAACUCCCCUUUGAAGGGGGUGCCAAGAACAAGAGUUUCGCCUGGAGGUUGACUCUCGAUCCAAGCAAGGUCAAAUUAGGAAGGAUUGUAAGAGAACGCCAUUACCUCGAAGGUAAAUUAGCAGCCUCCUCGGCUAAGCACGCUGGUUUUAUUUUUACUCGGAAGUCAUACGGAAUUGAAUUUGAAAAAAGGUGGAACUCUCUGUAUCCAAACUCGAUCAUUCAUCUGGACUGGAAGAAAAAUUUCAGACUUCUUUAUAAUAGCAAAUAUGGCGGUAAAUCAGAUAUGGAAAUUUGGAACUCACUUGAUCUCCCAUCUCUGGAUAUUGUGACAUCGUGGGCUCAGCAUUUCAAAAAUUUAGAGAGCGGAACCUCUUUUUGGUCUGGGAUCAUCAACCCCGUGGAGAAAGCCAAUAUGUGGCCGGGAAUCGCAAUCUGGCUUUUGUUGUUUUCUCCAAGAAACAUUUUGAUAUUUCUGGAAUCCACAUACAAUUGGCCCUACCCUCCGUUUCGCAUGAUAUCGGAAUGCUUUCUCUAUAUCCAGGCAUUUUUGUCUGACGAAUUGACUUCGAAAUCUCAAUUCAACCAAAACUACCUCGAUUUGUUGCGCCGCCUUCUUGCGCCUCAUGCAUGGCCAGCGUUAAGCGUUUCUCAGUCAGGCAUACGUAUAUACUUGCAACAUUGCGAGCCGAAGGAAUUUUUGAAUGCGUUUGAAACAGUCGCUAGAGGAGAUGUCCUUGCAACUAUUGAUACACUAUUGUACUUCAUGGACCACUUUAACAAAUCAAAUGAUUCUCGAAAUUCUCUUCGAGCAUUACAAUUAAUUGCUUCCCAGGGAAUCACCGAUACUAAAUUUGAGGACGUUGCCCAUCGUUGCACCAAACUCCUAACUAUGGACUUUGUGGUUGAUGAAGCUGGCACUCGUAGCUUCAAGUUACUACCUGAGAUUCUAAAUCUUGGAAUACGACCUGAGCGACCCAUGCUGAAUGUGGUAAUGCAAAACGCAUGUAAGCUUAAUGAUCCUGAUAUGGCCUGGGAUAUAUUUUCAUCGUCCCCAAUCCCGCCAGACGUCUACACAUACAUGAUUCUACUCAGCGAUGCCACAGAACGUGGUGAUAGCAAAAGGAUCGAAGAUUGCUAUCGUUUGCUAGCUUCGAACUCAGCAAUAAGACAAGAACCAUAUGUAAUAAGUAAAAUUUUACAUGGCCUUUAUACUCACUUAUGCAACACAAAACCCGGGGCCGAGCUACGAGCGUUCAACACGAUGCUACACAUGUAUUCCUCUUAUCAUGAUCCGCAGCCCUUGAAAGAUCUUAACAUCAUACAAGAGGAAGAUGCCAUUGUUGAAAUCGGCGAGGUAUCCCCCCCUUCUGCGCACGCCUUAACCAUAAUGAUAUCAGCUUAUCUUCGACUAUAUCGAAACACCACGCGAAUCAUAGAACUGUAUAAUAGGUUUCGCAAACUCGUCAGGGAAGGCCAUGACUCGAUUGGACAACUAGCGGAGACCGAUCAUACCUAUAACGACUUUCUUAUGGCACUUCAGCCUGAUGUACGAAUGAUUGCCCAAUCUGUCUCAAUUGUUGAAGACAUGUACAGCCCUCUUCCUAAAACCGCGUUCCUGAAAACCCAGAACAGAUCCAUCAUACAGUGCCUUCCAACCAUCCGAACUUGGAACAUUCUAUUAAACACUGCUAUAAAUCAUGGACGUAUGGAAAUUGUCAGGGCAAUAUGUCAAACGAUGCGCGAUCAUGACGUUGAGACGGACGUUUCAAUCUGGAACGUUAUACUACAGGGGUAUGCAAAGCUGCAGAUGACUGACGCUGUCGCCAUGACGGUGAAAGCAAUGUUACAGGAGGGCCUGGUCCCUGAUCGAUAUACAUUCGGCUCUGUGUAUGAAAUUCGAGAUCAAAGCAAACUUCAAAAGCUACUCCAUGGGCUAGGCGUUGAUCCAGAGGGCCUGACAAUGACUAGUCGUCGUGAAAACACCCCCUGCGAUGAAUUGGUUGAGGGAGCGGAUGUCCGCCAGCUCUUACGCGCCUUCGGAGACACCGCACCCCAUCCUGACUUCCCCCAAGAGCCUCUCCCCGAAACAGUUCGCGUGCUCGAUGAAAUAGUUACUGAUUUCAUUAUCGAAACAUGUCACUCGGCAGCUCAAGUGGCAGCCCACGCCGGCCGCCAGAAAGUUAAAGUGGAUGAUUUCAUGUUCGUGAUUCGCCGCGACGCCUCUAAACUAGGCCGCGUUCAAGAACUAUUUCAAAUUGAAAAGGAGCUCAAGGAGGCUCGCAGAGUUUUCGAUCAGAAUGAUGAUCGUAUAGGAAAGGAUGCAGCUGCGAAUAAGGGUCUAAGUGAGCUAGCUGGGUCUGAAGCCGACGCCGAAACCGGCGCGGCUGGUAUCGAUGGGAAGAAGAAAAAGGGUAAACGACGUACUGAAUUAAGCACCUCUGAAAAUGGGGCUGUCAAGAAACGCAAAUCCAUGACUGUCAAACUAGAACCUACUCUUUAA